AAAGAGCACACUGGAGGCGGAGAGGCAGCAUCCACCAGCCCGCUCCCCGCCUCCAGGACAGAGCCUCGGUCUGCAUGGGGGUGACAGGUACCCAUGGAUUUCCAUGCUGCGGCAAAGGGUCAGUGGAGGUUGCAGAGAUGCGAGAUGACUUAAGUCAACACCAGAUACAAGAGGAACAGGAGCUUUGAGUUGAAACAUUUCAGCUGGAGGCAGACAUGCUAGAGCAGAAGCCCCAACUCAAAGUGGACCUGGACCCGGACCCAGACCCAGACCCAGAACUGGAGAUCGGACAGGUGCCGGCUUUACUGGAGUCAGAGCUAUACCCAGCCCUCAAGCUUGAAGCUGAGCUGGACACGGAAGCCAACUCGAACGAGGAGUCUGACUUUGAAGAACCCAUGCAGCUGGUAUGCAAGAUAGAGUCCGUCCACUCCAACAUGGGGCUGCCCACGCCACAGACCUUCAGACCGUGGAGUCUGAAUUCAAACUGCCAGAGUUUCACGGAGGAGAACCACGUGUCUGCCUGCCAUCACUCCAUCAGUGCGCAGACCUCCAAGCACCUCUUCUGGGCAAACAAGCUCAUCCAGGCCUCAGAGCACAGCCUGCAGCGGGCCAUCAACAUGCAGCUCAACAAUGGCAGCGCAGGCCAGCCCAUCAGAUCCCCGCUCCGGGAGGCCAUCCCCACCAACGCCCUGUGCUCCAAGGAGCAGCUCCAGAUCCCUGAUGCCCCCUCAGCUCCUCCAGCCACAAGCUCCCAGGCGCCAAGCCCCCUCCUGUCCUCAGAUCUCCCGCCACCCAUUGACCUGACAGAGCUAAUCACCUUUGCAUCUUCCCUGGCCAUGGCCUCCUCCAGCAGGAUGGACCUGCCCAGUUUGGAACACAUGAUGAAAGCUCCACCCCAGGAGGCUCUGGAGCCUUCCACAGAGCCCCUCCUGACCACUGUGGAGGAGCGAGAGCCAGAAAAUCACGCAGAGACCCUGCCAGAGAAACCACGUGAAGCCAGAGCACCACUGAAAUCUUGGAGUCAGGAAGACAAGAACUUCGCUCAAUCUUACUUUGAUUUCAGCAAGCCGGGGAUCAAGAGGGCCACCAUCAAAGGGCAAAUCCAGCUUCUCCAGCCACCAGCCACGUCCCCUCUGCUGCAGGGAAGCAAGGAAGACUCAGUGCCGCCAGGAAAAGAGAAAGAGAAUCCAUUAUUGGUGAAAAUCCAUUUUAAGCUGUCAGCCCCCACAAUCCCAGAGAAAUGACUAGACAGAACCAAUAAAGCCUCCAGUGCUGGC